CCCAUCGCAGCAGCUAGAACAAGACAGCGCAGCUCGACUCAGUGGACGCUAAGUUAGCUUGGCUGUGAGCGAAGCUCAGCUGGAGGGGUUGUUCUCAUCAAUAUCGGUUGACUGCUAACGCGGUGUGAAAGCAAGAUGAACGUUUUCUUGAAAUGUUCACUGGCGGAAACCAGAGAGUCGCCCUGCCGAUGUCGACGUGGUUUUUAAAGGAUGUUAUUUAGACAAGUGCGUCUGACAUAAGUCGCUUCUUACUUUGUUUGAGCCAAAAUGGCGCACGGCUCUACGACGGCUGAGUAAAAUGACGCAUUGUUUAUAUGCGCCCGUUGUGAACGCCUGACUGCAAUUUUUGUUGAAAAGCGAAAAAAACGAAAACAAAUUGAAACAAAACACACUCCACGAAUCAUUAUGAAAUAUUUGUUUUAAUAUAAUACCUAUGAAUAUUUUUUUGAUUCAUAUAGCGACAAAUUAUAUUUAUUUACGCUCUGGUAAUAGUCAAACUACUAUUGGUUGUUUGUCAGAGGACCCCAGGAAGCACGUUUUGAAAUAUUUACUGUCGAGCCGCUGUAAGUUGUCGCCGGAAUAAAUGCCAAUAAAUGAAUAAGUGUAUACAGCAUUCGUGAAGAAAGUACAACACGUGCACAGCAAACCAAGCCUCCACAUCGAGCAGCCGGCAAUGAAGACCAUUGCAAGUUAGUUCGCUAAGUUAGCUAAGACUGAGUUAGCAUCGAUAGCUUCAGGAAAAAACGUGUUAGCCGCGGGAAAAAAAAAGCGUUGUCGAGACAAACAUGGAGCCUCCACUGGUGGUCCCGGUCAUCGAUGUCCAGAAUGAUAACUUCAAUGAUCUUUGGCCUGCAAUGGUAGUGGCCAUUAAAACGGCGUCAUUCAUUGCACUGGACACGGAGCUGAGCGGUCUUGGGAAUAGAAAGUCCCUGCUGGCCGAAUCGAUAGAGGACAGAUAUAAAGCCAUAUGCCAUGCAGCGCGAACUCGCUCCAUCCUCUCCCUGGGAAUUGCCUGCUACAAGAAACUGGACAAUAAGGCUGCAGACACAUACCUGGUCCAGGUGUAUAACCUCACCCUGCUGUGUUCAGAGGAGUACAUGAUAGAGCCGCAGUCAGUCCAGUUCCUGGUGCAGCAUGGAUUCGACUUUAACAAGCAGUACGCUCAUGGAAUCCCUUACUGCGGGGGGAAUAACAAGGGAGGAUCUGAUUACCAAGGCGUCCACAUCAGGGCGCUCUUCACUGAACUGCUGCGCGCCAGGAAACCCCUGGUGUUCCACAAUGGCCUCAUCGACAUGGUCUUCCUUUACCAGAGUUUUUAUGCUCAUCUGCCUGAACGCCUGGCGACCUUCACAGCUGACCUGUCUGACAUGUUUCCUGCUGGCAUCUUUGACACAAAAUACGUCACUGAAUUUGAGCUCCGGCUCACUGCCUCCUAUCUGGAGUACGCCUAUAAGAAAUGUCAGCUGGAUAACAGCCGCAGUUUGACCUCUGGAGGAACCGGACAUCAUGUUCACGUAGAGUUCUGUCAAUACGCCGGUCACAUGUCCAGCUAUGUGGACUACAGAGUAUGUCCAGUUAUAGAGUCUCCUGAGGGACAGACUGACAUCUGCCAGCGCUUCUCUGCAUUUGGCUGGUGUCCAAAUGGUACCAAGUGUCCAUUAUCCCACGACACGGACCAGAUCAUCCUACUGGAUGAGAAAAACAAAGACGAUAAGAAAAAAAGGAGGAAGAGACGUCGAGAGAAGAAGGGCGGAAAAGCGGAAGCAGAGGGCUCCUUGGUCUUUGACGGUGCCCCCAAAAACAAAAUAUCCUUCCUGGAGGUGGAUCAGGAUGAAACUGCAUAUGACCAGCCAAAGGUGACUGCCGAUCCGUGCCCAGAAAGUGGGCCCCUGAUGGACAUUGAUGGAAACACCGGACAGAAUGAAGGAGAGAUCAUGAAAAUAGAAAGCAAAGGGAAUGGAGUGUGUGAAGACAACACAGACACUAGAACCUCUGCAAGAAUAGUCAUGAGUGAUGAGGUGACAAACAUGACCACCGACAUGGAUGAAAGCAGAACAGUCGAUGGAGGAAGAGAGUUCAGUGACCACGCAGCUGUGACUGAUGCUCAGAAGAAGAAGGCUGAGGCGGGAACACACCGAGCGGGCUUCGACGCCUUCAUGACGGGAUACAUCUUUGCUCACUCGUGCACCUUGGUCAAGACUGAUGCAGUUGGAGCUGCAGGGGUGAAGGAGGAGGAGCAGUCGUGGCUUCCUACCUGUCUCAAUAAGGUUUAUCUGAGUGGCAAGGCGGCACCUCUCAACGUGGUGAAAAGCACCUUCUCCAAGUCGUCCAAGGCCCACGUGCAGAAGAUGGCAACUGUGUGGGGACAGUGAAUGCAGUGUGCACACUUGCACAUAGCAAGACACUUGUCGUUUAAACAAUUGGAGGUUCACAAUUUAAGUUUUUUUAGCCAUGCUAGCAGUGAGGCUCUAUGGAUGGCAAUAACGUAAUACCACCCCAUGUUGAAAUAUCUCAACAACUUGUUAGCAUUGGCUACCAUGAGGUUGAUUUAAUUUUUUUCCUGAAAUAUCUUGGAGACUUUUUGAUGGAUUGUAAGAAAUUUGGCAGAGGUGUCCAUGUUUCCAUUAGGCUGAGUUUAAAAAAACAACCUUUGAUUCCCUCAUGUUCGAUGUAGGACCAUGAACAGUUUAAUUUGUCCAAUACUUAAUUCAUGACCAAAUACCUUCAAAACUAAUAUUUUCCUCAGCUGUACUUUGUGUUAAUUCAAUGUUGGCAUGCUACCAAACAAUUCGUCAAGAAAAUAGCAUAUUUAUCAAUAAUAGAGCCCCCCCCCUUGUAAUUUGAUUAGCAAUUAUGUUUCUGAAAACAGCUAAAGAGAGAUGAUGACUGAUAUGUUGUCAUUCCACAUUUUGUAUUAAGACCCGAUUCCGGAGAAAAAUAAACUGACGCUCUUGACCACA